GGUUGUGUAAAGGGGAAAGACGACAGUGUUUCUGUGGCUGGGCUGCUACUUCCUUGGCCUCAAAUCUAUCUCACAUUAGAGUUUUGGCAGUUUAACUUUACAUAACUUGGUACUUUUAGUUUUUGCACCCUGUAUGUUGCAUUGCUUUUGUAGGAGCUCACCUUUUUCGUCUUCACCGAGGCUGUACCUGAGGCUUGUUAUCCACAAUAGACAGAGGCCCGGCUCAGUUUUCUCCUGCCUUACCAACUCAUUCACCAGUGAAAACACCAUGGCAGACAAAAAACGCAAGGCAACAUCUGCUGUGGCUAAAGAGCCCAGUGCCAAGCAGCAGAAGUUGGCUCCCAUGAAGGAGGAGAAGACGCAGAGAGCUGCUGGUUGGCUGCAAGAGCUUGUGAGACAGCAGAGGACAGAGAAGAAGGAGAUGAAAUUCAACAAGAAGCGUCUGCGUUUUCUAUCUGACACCCAGAAGAUAAAACAAGGCUCAGAGGGUGUUUUGUACUGGAUGUCAAGAGACCACAGAGUACAAGAUAACUGGGCAAUGAUCUACGCCCAGCGGCUUGCUUUAAAAGAGGACCUUCCUCUGCAUGUCUGUGUCUGCCUGGUUGUCCCAAAAUCAGAGCUGUCCACCCUCAGACAUUACAGCUUUAUGCUGAAAGGUCUGGAAGAAGUUGAAAAGAAAUGUAAACACUUAGGCAUCCAGUUCCAUCUGCUGCACGGUUCAGGGGGGGAAGUACUGCCUGGCUUUGUGUCUGACCGUGGCCUGGGGGCGGUGGUGACAGACUUCUCCCCUCUCAGGGAGCCACUGCAGUGGUUGGAGGAUUUGAAAAAGAAGCUUCCAAAGGACAUUCCCCUCAUACAGGUUGAUGCCCACAAUAUUGUUCCCUGCUGGGUAGCAUCUCCUAAACUUGAGUACUCCGCCAGAACAAUCCGGGGAAAAAUUACCAAUCUCUUGCCAGAGUUCCUCACCGAUUUUCCCUUGGUAGGGAAACACCCCUACACAGCUACAAGAACCGCCAAACCAGUAGACUGGGCAGAAACCCUGGCCUCCCUGCAGGUGGACAGAACAGUAGGAGAGCCGGAGUGGGCUAAGCCAGGCACCAAGGCGGGGAUUGCCAUGUUGGAGUCCUUCAUUGAUGUACGGCUCAAAAUGUUCGGCACCCAACGCAACGACCCAAACGCUGCCGCCCUCAGCCAGCUCUCCCCCUGGAUCCGCUUUGGACACCUGUCAGCCCAGCGUGUGGCACUGCAAGUUCAGCGAAGUGGGAAGAACGCAGGUCAGUCUGUCCCCUCCUUCAUCGAAGAGCUGGUGGUUCGCAGGGAGCUGACAGACAACUUCUGCUUCUACAACAAGAAAUACGACAGCGUGGAGGGUGCUUAUGAGUGGGCACAGAAGACCUUGAAAGAUCACGCCAAAGACAAGAGGCCAUAUCUCUAUACACGAGAACAGCUGGAGAAAGCAAAGACACAUGACAAGCUGUGGAACGGAGCUCAGUAUCAGAUGGUCAGUGAGGGGAAGAUGCACGGUUUCCUGAGGAUGUACUGGGCCAAAAAGAUUCUGGAGUGGACUUCUUCACCAGAGGAGGCGCUCUCAAUUGCCCUGUACCUCAACGAUCGCUACGAGCUGGAUGGCCAGGACCCCAACGGCUUUGUCGGUUGCAUGUGGUCUAUUUGUGGCAUCCAUGACCAGGGCUGGGCAGAGAGACCCGUUUUCGGAAAGAUCCGAUACAUGAACUACAAAGGCUGCCUCAGGAAGUUUGACGUAGCUCGGUUUGAGAGAAAGUACUGUCCCAAAAACCUUUGAAGUAUGAAAUGUUUUCAAGGACAAGAGUAAAAUGCCUGACAGCCUACAUCUCCUACACCUUUUACCUCAGGGAGCAUUUUUACAGCCUUUUAGCUGCUGAUCUUCUUCUUUUUCUUUGUUCUUCGCUGUUUGUCUUGUCAAAAAACUUUCAGUAUAAAUUUUUAUGGGCUGUUGCUUUUACUGAAUAUUCAGACAUGUUUAUGCUUAUCAAGACUGUAAGCUGGUAUUUUACUGUAAAGUGAGCUCAUCAUUUAGAUGAUUAUCUGUGGUGCCUACUUGGCGAGGAUGAGAAAGGCCUUUUUACUUUAUUACUUUUUUAUUAGUACUGCUUUUUACUUUUUAUAUUUAAUUUUCUACACAUUAUGCCUUGUUUGUGGAUAUAGUGGCUCAACAAAACAUGCUUUUCUUUUAGGAGAUUUGACUUUUUCUGUAUACUUUCUGUAAGUCACAAUUUUUUUUAUUUGUUUGCAGUUCUCUCAAUAUCAUCUGUCUGUAAGACCUGCAAUACAUCAUAUGUUACAUUAAAA